CAAGCUGAAGGUCCACGGCGAAACGUUUCCAAUGCUCACGGGGAACUGUGUGCUGCUGUUCCUUUGGUGUAUCCUGGACAAGAGCUUGGUUUCUCCAAUGCACAGGUGGGGAAAGGAGCACCACGGGGGUCUGAGGGACCACAGGAGGCACGGCAUGGCGGGGAUUCAGAGAGUCAAACGAGGAUGGGUGUGGAACCAGUUCUUUGUGCUGGAGGAAUAUAUGGGAUCUGAACCGCAGUAUGUUGGAAAGCUACACAGUGACCUGGAUCGAGGAGAUAACUUGGUGAAGUACACGCUGUCUGGAGAAGGAGUCGGUACCAUUUUCACCAUCGAGCCCAGCACAGGAGACAUCCAUGCCUUGAAGAGUCUGGACCGCGAGGAGAAGCCGAACUACACGCUAAGGGCGCAGGCCAUGGAUGUGUUCACAGGAAGAGCCCUCGAACCAGAGUCCACGUUCGUCAUCAAGGUCCAGGACAUCAACGACAAUGAGCCCAAGUUCCUGGAGGGUCCAUAUGUGGCUAGUGUCCCCGAGAUGUCACCUGUAGGCACGUAUGUGACGCGAGUCACAGCCACCGAUGCGGACGAUCCCACGUACGGAAACAGCGCCCAGAUCGUUUACAGUGUCCUACACGGGCAGCCUUACUUCUCAGUAGAACCCAAAACCGGUGUGAUAAGGAUUGCGUUACCCAACAUGGACCGGGAGAUCAAAGAGACAUACCAGGUCGUGAUCCAGGCCAAAGAUAUGGGCGGACAGCUGGGGGGUCUGGCUGGAACCACCACCGUCAACAUCACCCUCACUGACGUCAACGAUAAUCCACCGAGGUUUGCUAAAAGUGUGUUUCACCUGCGAGUCCCUGAAUCGGCGCCGGUGGGCUCCUCAGUGGGGAAGAUUAAAGCUCACGAUCUGGACAUGGGGACGAAUGCCGUAGUGGAGUACAGAAUCGUCCCAGGAGACAGCAGCUCCACGUUCGACAUCUACACCGACCGACACACGCAGGAGGGCAUUGUUGUGCUUAAAAAGCCGCUGGAUUAUGAAAGCAGGAAGGCGUACAGUUUUAAAGUAUCGGCGUCGGACCCGCACAUGGACGCUGGUUUCCUGCAGGGCGGAUCACACAGCGACUUGGCCGUGGUGAAGCUCGGCGUGAUGGACGUGGAGGAAGCGCCGAUCUUCAGCAGCUCGGAGUACAGCAUGGAGACACGAGAGGGAGCUGCAGGGAACACCAUCGGAGUGGUGAAUGCUCACGACCCCGACACAGGGCACAGUCCCAUCAGGUACUCCAUGGAGUGGAGCACGGACUCGGAGAAUUACUUCGACAUCGAUCCUGUCGAAGGCACGAUUUCAUCCCGAGAAGCUCUGGACAGAGAAACGACACCAAAACACAACAUCACUGUCGUUGCGACUAAAGUCAACAAUCCGCUCCUGUUCAGUCGAGUCAGUGCCAUAAUCACGGUGCUGGAUGUCAACGAGUUCCCUCCAGAACUUUCUUCUCCUUAUGAGGCGUUUGUUUGUGAGGAUGCAAAAGUAGGCCAGGUGAUCCAGAUCCUCAGCGCUACGGACAGGGACAUGCCUAAUUUAGGACACAGAUUCUUCUUUAAAUCCCCUAGAGAUAUCCGGAACAAGAACUUCACCAUCCGAGAUUAUGGAAACAACACGGCAGGGCUUGUGAACAGGCGCGCGGGAUUUAGGCGGAUGGAGAAGAGUGUGUAUGAGGUGCCGGUGGUGGUGGAGGACAGCGGGUUCCCCAUCCAGAGCAGCACAGGGACGCUGAGCGUCCGAGUUUGUGCUUGCGAUGUCUCCGGCUCCGUCCUAAACUGCAGCACCAAAGCUUUUCUUCUGCCUCUGGGUCUCAGCCCUGGAGCUCUGCUGGCCAUCCUGCUGUGUGUGAUCAUUCUGCUGGUGAUCGUGGUGCUGUCCGUGUCUCUGAAGCGCCACAGGAAGAAAGACGCUCUGAUGUCAUCCAAAGAGGACGCGAGGGACAACGUGAUCCGCUACGACGACGAGGGCGGCGGCGAGGAAGACACGCAAGCCUUCGACAUCGGAACUCUACGCCACCCAGAGGCCAUAGAGGACACGUCUGUCCACCGUUACGACCUGAGGGAUGAUGAGGAAGGCGAGGACGUUCACGUGUACCUCCAGCAGCGGUUACAGGAGAACCACAGAGAUGCACCGGAACCGCCAUACGACUCUCUGGCUACGUUCGCCUACGAGGGCGAGGGCUCGAUGGCCGAGUCGCUCAGCUCCAUCGAAUCACAAUAUCACGAUGAUUUGACGUCAAUCGGAGACCUGGGGCCACGUUUUAACACGCUGACUCUGAUCCUUGCUGGAAGAAAAGACGGCGAGGCCGGAGCGCGUCUCCCACAUGCUGACGGAUCAGAACCGAGACGAGACGACUGA